AAAAAAAAAAAAAAAACGAGAGAAAGUGUUAUACUCUUUUGUUGGCAUUAAUGUUCGACAGUGGUGCAGGGAAGAUCUCGAGGUGUCCCGACGUAAAAUUAAUCACGAGGAACAACUGCAGGCCGCCGAGAAUGUAGCGGAACGUAUGCGAAUUCGUAUUUUUAAACGAAAUAGUCAGCGCAGGGUUGCCAGCGGUGCGUCGAAAGUUCUGCGACUCGGGGAAAAGGAAAAAACGUGGCGUCGUAAUAAGCGCGCGUUCGAUAGGGAAGAGAAUGCAUCGACGAGAAUGAACGAUACCGUCGUCUCGGAGAAAUGUCAUCGCCGUUCGAACGUUCGUCGAACACGUUGGAGAGGCUGAUAAUCGAGGAUCGCCGAGAAUCGACGCGUGAGAGAUCAACUUGGUGAAGCUUCGAGCAUGGCCGCUUGUCAUCCAACACCGGCGAUUCAACAUUUGCAGCCGCAGGAAUCGUCUCAACAGCUUGGCCUUGGAAUUAUGAACGCUAUCGGUAGCCAAGGUCAGAAGCCGCCGCUCCACCAACCGCACUAUUCGCCCCAUUUGCUCAACUGGGUCUACCUGGCGAUCACCGAUCAGAAUUCUGCUCAGACACGGGAUCAGAGCAAACUUUUCCCGACGAUAUGGAGCGGCUUUUCAACGGAGUCAUCGCAAACUCAUAGCCACCGUGGCGCACUGGAUCCCUGUUGCGCGAUCGGGAGCAACUUUGCGGACAAUAUCGGCGAGCUUGCGAAUCGUUUCAGAGAAUUGGGACUGCUAGAUAAGAAACCAGCGAAGAGGCCACCGCCUAGUUACCUCUGUCACCUAUGCUUCAAGAAAGGUCACUACAUCAAAGAUUGUCCACAGGCACGUCCGAAAGGAGAGGGCUUGACGCCGUAUCAAGGGAAGAAACGAUGCUUCGGAGAGUACAAGUGUCCCAAAUGCAAGCGCAAAUGGAUGUCGGGCAACAGCUGGGCCAAUAUGGGUCAAGAAUGCAUCAAGUGUCACAUAAACGUCUAUCCUCACAAACAGAGACCGUUAGAGAAGCCGGACGGAUUGGACGUGUCCGACCAGAGUAAGGUUCAUCCGCAACAUCUUUGCCAGAAAUGUAAAACCCUUGGCUACUAUUGCCGAAGGGAUCAAUAGCGAAUCGAAAGCACACACGGCGUGUGUUAACGUGUAAUGCGAAUGAUGAAAAUUUUUAUCUCGACGUCUUGAGCCAAGGGCGUUUCUCCUAAACGUUUUCAUGCGAUCGAAAUCUUCGAUCUCUUCGUCGAACAUUUUAUACAGAUCACGCGUGUAGCAAGUGGAAACAAUAUGAGCUUCCCGCAGGAUGUAGGAUACAAUAAAGCUUG